AUGUCCGAACACGGUUCGCGCAAUGCCUUUCCAGCGAGUGGGCGUGCAACCCAUGUCGACGGACGCGAAGGGCGCUCCCAUCAACAGCCGAGCAUGGCGGAAGCCGAACACCGCGAACGAUUCCUCCCGUCCUCGCUGCCGGCCAUAUUGGAGGCAGUCAGUCGUAUAGAUCCAACUGCGUUCUUGCGUCUAUCGGGUAUUGCCUCAACAAACUACGUUACUCCUAUCCCAGCCUCGCCGCGUGAUAUGACCUCGGAAGACUACGACGGUCCGGUUCCCUCGCGGAUUUCACACGAACCAAACCAGACACGAUUUACGGCCCAAACCCAGCCCACUUCAUCAAUUCAGUCUGCCGCCGCGCUUGCAGAGCAACCCGCGGUCCCACAGCCGAGGGUUGUGUUGGAGCAGGCCGACGCUCGUAGUGGUAACCAUCCUGCCGCUGGUCUACCCUUCUCCGCACCCCAACCGUACACACGGGAGGAAGUACCUUCCCACACGCACAUGUGCCAGAGAUGCAACAACACAUGGGCACCUAAUCACCGCUGUGGCGUGUUCAAGAAGCCAUGGGAGGAGCCUGUCACAUUUCGAUACGUUCCUUGGACUCCGCCGACAACCCCUCCCGUUGCGCCGGCUGCAGCCCCUUCCCCCGUCGUUGUUACAUCGGCAGCUCCACUAGCCCAGCCUGAUAUGUUCGGUAAUUACUCAAGGGCGGAUCCGGCAGCUGAGAACAUCUGGUCCUCAAUGCUCCAGGAUCUAGAGGAUGCUGUCCAGGCGAUUCCUGGGAGAGACCCAAUUCAUGACUUGCGCAAUGCUAUUGAGAGUGCUUGGUAUGUCAUGCAGGUGUCGGAUGGUCAACAUUGUCGCGAAAUGCUGAAGCCGCUUAAAGACUUGGUGGAGACUCCUGUGAAGAUUUUGGAUCCGAAAUACUUGACGCCGACUAACCUGUGCCAAGUGGGGAGCUGGGAAGCAAACACGCUCGCAGCAUAUGUAUCUUGGGCCCGUGGUUUUGCCGAAUGGCCAGGGCACUUCGACUGGUAUGGAGGAGUGCACUAUGCUUGGCUUGACCAUUACACCGCCCUACUCUGA